UUGAUAACAAACGCAUGGCCAAUGGCCGCGUUCAAAAUGCUUGUAUAAACUGUCAAUCUGUCAAGUUGCAAUGCAACCGCGAAUUAUUUUCUGUAUUGAUUAAACUUUUAUUGUUAAUCGUGUGCUAAAUGUAAGGUUUACACAGUUCGUUAGGGGUGAUAUAGGAAAAAUGUUCAAGAACACAUUUCAGUCUGGUUUCCUGUCAAUUCUUUACAGCAUAGGCAGCAAACCUUUGCAAAUUUGGGAUAAAAAAGUGCGAAAUGGGCACAUAAAGAGAAUUACAGACAAUGAUAUCCAGAGUUUAGUGCUCGAAAUAGUCGGGACCAAUGUCAGCACGACGUACAUUACAUGCCCGGCCGACCCGAAGAAGACGCUCGGCAUCAAGCUGCCGUUUUUGGUUAUGAUCAUCAAAAACCUCAAAAAGUACUUCACCUUUGAAGUCCAGGUUUUGGAUGACAAGAAUGUGCGAAGGAGGUUCAGAGCAAGCAACUACCAAUCGACAACAAGAGUAAAACCUUUUAUUUGCACAAUGCCUAUGCGAUUAGAUGAAGGAUGGAACCAGAUCCAAUUUAAUUUAGCAGACUUCACGAGACGGGCUUAUGGAACCAAUUAUGUUGAAACUCUGAGAGUACAGAUUCAUGCUAACUGUCGAAUAAGAAGAGUCUACUUCUCUGACAGAUUGUACUCUGAAGAUGAAUUACCGGCAGAGUUCAAACUGUUCCUGCCCAUUCAAAAUAAAACGAAGACUGCUGUUGCUACAUGAAAUCUUACAAAUAUAAAAAAAAUGUGUUGUUAAUUUAGUAAAUGUAUGUCUAAGUCUAUUUUUUGUUUUUUAUGUAAUUAUAUGUACUUUUCUAUACACCCCUA